UAUUGUGGUAAUAUCUUGAAACAUUCCCUUUUAAAAUAACCCUUUAAAAUCACGUGCUAAAUAAGAUUAUGUUUACAAAUUCCUCUGAAAAUCAAGGACAGCAUGUUAUAUAUAUGACGCAAUGUCUUAUUAAUUUUCACUUGUCAUAUCAAACUUGCAUUACUUGUGUCAGAUAACUGCGAUAUCAAUCGCAGCUGUCACGAUUUCUUUUAGAUUAUGUUAUCAUAUUUUAGACGUCAAAGCACAAAUAAAUGCAUUUUUAACAGUUUGUUGUUCUUUUGUUAACAAGAAUGAGCAACAUGAGAGCAUUUUUACUUCUCCUGUGUCUAGCUCAGUUAUAUGAGUGUUCAAUAGAUGACAAUUUGGUAUUUGACCCGGAUAAUUUUAUAAAUGAUUUACUAGGGAUCGGCCAAGAUCCCGAUAUGAAAUUGAAUGUGACUGAACUAAUCUCUAGUAAAGGUUACCCUGUUGAAGAAUAUAUUGUUCAAACAAGAGAUGGUUAUCUUCUUGGAGUUCAAAGAAUCCCCCGGAAGGGAAAGAAAGUUGUUUUUUUACAACAUGGGCUUCUAUCUUCUUCAACUGAUUGGGUCAUAAAUUUCCCUCAACAGAGUUUAGCAUAUAUAUUAGCAGAUGCUGGAUAUGAUGUUUGGCUUGGAAAUAUAAGAGGAAACACUUACUCAAGAAAACAUGUGAAAUAUUCUCCUAAAUCAAGGGAAUUUUGGGAUUUUAGUUUUGAUGAGAUGGCUGAGUAUGAUCUGCCAGCUAUGAUUGAUUUUGCUCUAAACGUUAGUGGUCAGAACGAACUUUAUUUAAUUGGUCAUUCCCAAGGCACAACUACAUCUUUUGCUCUGCUUUCAAGUAAACCAGAGUAUAAUAAAAAAGUGAAACUAUUUAUUGGUUUAGCCCCUGUCACUACAGUUGGUUACAUAACUACUGCCAUUCGAUAUAUUGCACCUCUUACAAAAGAAUUAGAUAUUCUUUUUGAACUUGUUGGCUGGGACGAAUUCUUACCAAAUGAUAUAUUCAUGAAAUGGCUAAGCCAGCUUGUGUGUGAUACAAAGCUCAAAUUCGUUUGUGAAGAUGUUAUUUUUCUUGUUUGUGGAACUGAUUAUUCUCAACUGAAUAAGACUAGGCUUGGUGUUUAUGUUCAUCACACCCCUGCUGGAUCUUCAACGAGAAGCGUAGUUCACUAUGGUCAGAUGGUUAAUUCUAAAAAGUUUCUUAAGUAUGACUAUGGAAAGAAAAAAAACUUAUUGCACUAUAAUCAGACAACUCCUCCUGAGUACUUUACAGAAAAUAUUACAACUAAUGUGGCUCUGUUUUGGUCUGUAAAUGAUAAACUAGCUGAUCCUCAAGAUGUUCAUUUAUUAGAAGGAAGGCUUAAAACUCUUGUAUCGAGUAUUCGCGUUAACUCAAGUGAUUGGAACCAUUUGGAUUUUGUUUGGGGACUUGAUGCUCGUUCUCUUGUUUAUGAGGGUGUUUUAUCAUUGUUACAAAAGUUUAUCUACACAUAGCAGCUGUUGAAGGUUUUGGAUAAAUGACAAAAUAGCUACUUCUGUCUCUUCAUCUAGUAUUAAAUAUCUAUUUUCACCACCUUUCUACUCGGUGCUAAUCUAACUAGUCAACCAUUUUAAUAAUUGUAUUAGUUAAGUAAAUAAUGAGGUAUAAAUUUAACGUUUUGCUAUAAAUAUUGCUCAACUGUGAUAUACAUUUAGAUUUAAUAUGAAUUUUAUUUCUUAGUGUCUACAUUUCAUAAUGCUUAUGUUUAUUGUGAUGAAAUUCAAAUAUAAUUUCUGUCAAAUUUUUAAUGUAGUUAAGUUUGGGUAUAUUUAAUUUAAACUCUUAAUAUUAGUACUAAUAUUAAGUAAUAGUACUUUUUUUUUAAUAUUUUACAAAAUUUUAAUCUGUCUUAUUAUGUAUCAUUGUUCAUCCAUUUAUGUUUUCUUAGUUGUAAUACUUUAUAUAAUCACUGCGUUGUGAUUGCUCUUAUUAUCUUUCUUUAAUUAUUGUUUUUUUUUUUCCUUUUAAUGUGUCUGAGUUAUAAUAUUAUGAGAUUAUGAUUCCCUUUUGAUUUAAACUACUAAAAUUUUUGGUAAGAAUCACAAUUUUUAAUUGUAAUGUUAUAUGGUUUUUAAGGCAUAUGAAACUAUAUUUCAUUUCUUGUGAUUUUAAUUAUUGUUUUCCAUGUGCCAAGUUUUAAAUACCUAGUCAUAUUUUGUAAUUGCAUCUACACAAAUACAUUUACUUAUUUUUUAUAAGAAUAUAUUAAAAGCAAUAUUAUAAUAAAAAUAAUUGUUUUUGUUUCUUUUGUGUUAAUGGUCUUUUUAUAUUAGUCGAAAUAAAAGUUUUUAAUAAAUA